AUGGCACUUGUGGGAGUGGCUAGGAGUGACCAAAUUAGCUUUGGUGAAAAAAUAGACAGUUCAUGGCAUGAUGCACAUGCAACUUUUUAUGGGGACAUAAAUGGUGGACAGACAAUGAUGGGAGCUUGUGGCUAUGGCGAUCUCUUCAAACAAGGGUAUGGACUUCAAACAGCAGCCUUAAGCACAGCACUCUUCAACAAUGGACAAACUUGUGGCGCUUGCUUUGAACUCAAGUGUGUGAAUGAUCCACAAUGGUGCAAAAACCAUGCUGGCUCCAUCAAAAUCACAGCAACCAAUUUAUGCCCUCCCAAUUACGGAGCUCCCAAUGCCUGGUGCAACCCACCACAACAGCAUUUUGAUCUAUCGAUGCCCAUGUUUCUAACGAUCGCACAAUAUAGAGCAGGGAUUGUCCCUGUCAAGUAUCGCAGAAUCUCGUGUUCCAAGGAAGGAGGGGUUAAGUUUGACAUUCAUGGCAAUCCCUAUUGGAUGCUUGUGUUAGUGCGCAAUGUUGCGGGGGCUGGUGAAGUUAUUAAUGUCAGGAUUAAGGGCUCACAAACUCGUUGGAUACAGAUGUCAAGAAACUGGGGACAGAACUGGCAGACCGGGACUGAUCUUGUGGGACAAAGCUUGUCAUUCCUAGUUACUACAAGUGACCACAAGAGAUUAUACUUUAACGAUGUUGCCGGUGCUGACUGGAGUUUCGGACAAGCUUACGAUGGGAAAAUAAACUUUUAG